AUGGAUAAUGGAAUAAUCUAUCAUUUAGAAAAUUCGGAGCAAUUUUGGGAUAGUUAUUUUAUUGUUAAUUUUCAAGACAAAUAUCUAGAAAACAAGAUGGAUUAUACACGUUGUUACUAUAAAUUAUUGGAUUCACCAAUGUAUCAAAUGUUUCCAGAAAUAAUAUUGGAACGAUUAAUAAAUAAAUCAUUAAAACAUGACAAUAUAUCAUCAUCAUCAAAGGAAUUGUUUAUCAUAUUUAACAUUUUAUUUUUGGCAGGAAAAGAAGACUCUAAAAUAUUUAAAAUGAUUAUUAACAAAAAAUCAUUUAAUUUUAUUGAUAAAUUAAAAAAAGUUAUUUAUCAUCAAAAAGAAGAAGGAAGAGAACUACAACUUAUUACAAUAAAAUUAUUCUUUGAAAUUUGUAGUGUUCAACCUUUGUCACAAACUGAAUUAGAUAUGAUCGAUGAAUAUCUCUUAAAUCAUUUGUUAGAUUUAUUAUCAUUUAAUGAACAAUUCAUGUUGUCAAAAAAAUGCAAUAAUAAUAUUGUUGAGGAAGAAGAAACCUUGAAUCUUAACACAGUUAUAAGAGUUUUGAGUAAAAGGAUUGGGACAAGUGAAACAUUCGGCGAAAAUAUAAUAUUUAUGUUGAAUCGUUCAGUUAAACCGCAUAUUCAGAUGCUUAUAUUAAAAUUGUUAUAUGAGAUAUUCACAACGCCAGAAACAUUUGAAUAUUUUUACACCAAUGAUUUAAGAGUAUUGAUUGAUGUGUUUAUUAGAGAACUUUAUGAUUUGCCUGAUGAAAGUGAAGCGGUUCGACACACAUAUCUUCGAGUUCUUUGUCCACUAAUUUCCAACACUCAACUAAAUAGAGAUUACUACAAACAAAAUCAAAUAUAUAAAUUAUUAUUGGAUUUGAACGGAACUUCCACAAAAAAUUUUAAGCCUGUUUCACCUACAACACAAAGAUUGGUUGAUAGAUUCAAUACUAUCAAACUUUAUUACAAUUCUGAUUUAAAUUGUCAAGCUACCAUUGGAAUUUUGUCAAAAUGGUUAGAAACAAGAAACAUUAUCGUUGCCACUGGUAAUUUACAUAGUAUUUUACAAGCUCAUUCGGAUGAAUUUUUGUUAAGUAAAGCUGUUGAUUUAAUAAAUUUUGAUAUUAGUGAUGAUGAUGACCAGGAAGAGAAUGAUCCUAUUGUUGUAGGAAUAGGUAAACAAGAAUUUGGUAUGGAAAUGAACCAAAAUCGGUUAAAAAAAGAAUUUCGAAGAAAUCAACAGUUACAAAAGCAGAAAAACAAUCAUCUUAAUCAUUGUCAUCAAAAACAAAAAUUUCUAAAUGGAAUAACAUCAAAAAUAAAUAAAAAAGAUAUUAGAGCCAUAUCAAUGGCAAGAAGUUAUCUGGAUAAACAUUUGGUUGAUUCUACUUUUGAAUUAGAGAGGCAUUUAAAGAAUGCUGACGCACUAAGUCCAUCAAGAAAUUUCAAAAAUUUUCUAAAUGAAUAUGAUGAAAUUUUCUAUGUUCAUAAACAGCGAGGUAUUAACUGUGUUCAACUCAAAAAUCCCUCAAGGAAUUUUGUCAAUAAAAAUAUUAAGACAAUGAUUGAUGUUAGAAUGGAGCAAACUGAAAAUCACAUUAGAGAUUACAUUCAACAAAAUGAUACAUCAGAUAAUCAUGUAGUGAGUACUGAACUGAUUAUAUACCUUAGAGGCAUCAAAGGUACAAUCACAUACGACCUUAAAGAUUUUCUUAAUAAUUGUUCUAAUUCAUUCGAAUGUUAUGAGAAUGAUGGCUCAUUUUUUGUAAAAAAUAAAGCAAAAGCAUCACAACCGAUCAAUCCAAGUGUAUAUCAUAGUCAAUACAGAUCAAGCAGUCCUUUUGUCUCCAAGUUAAUUCGCGAUUUGAUUGUGAAAGAGUACAUAGUCACCUACUUGGAACUUGAAGAAUACAUCAAGAAAUAUUCACAACUACAAAAAACAAAUCUUAAAGAAUUUUUGUACAGCAAUGAUAAAGAGUUCAAUAUAACUAUAAUUUCUGGUGAAACUUACAUCACACUCAAACCCACUGAUAGAAACAUAUUAUUUCAUAUUCGUAGAUUUCUUUUGGAAUAUGGAAAAGUUCAAUUGUCAUUGGUUGGCAGUUAUUUGAGACAUAUGUAUCUUUCACCAAUAGGCAAAUUAAAAGAACUCCUAUCAAUAUAUUCAGACUUUAAAUUUGAUUAUAAAUCUGAAAUUGUAUUUGUCAAAUCACAAGAAGCUGAAAUCAUUAGAGCAAUUCGGAAACUUUUUGCCAGCAGUGAUAAUGUUGACAACAAAAAAGAACUUAAACUUACAGUUAUUGCUGACCACCUUCAUAAGAAAAGCUUAAUACCAAAUAGUAGACUGUUGAGUCUUUUAGAAAGCUAUACAGAAUUUGAUUUCUAUCAAAGUCCAGUUGACAUUGUUGUAGUUCACAAACCAGAUAAUUUUUUACCUAAUCUAAAAUUAUUCAUUCGUAAAAUGAUAGUAUGUAACAAUGGACAAGUUGAGUUAUCAACAUUGUUUAGUAUUAUUAAUUGGAAAGGUGAUUAUCCAGUUGAUAAGUUACAUUAUUUUAUUGUACAAAGCAAUGAAUUUGCACUAUCUAAUGUUUUUAAUAGAGAUAAUAGGAUCAUGACUGUUGUAAAUUUUAAAUCAGCCAAUACCAAUGGAAUUGAUCAAACAUUGUCAUCUCCAUGUUUUUCUUCAACAAAACCAAACAAUAUAUCUUUGACAACAACAAUGACAAAAUCAGUAUCACCAUCAAUUACUGAUCUUAACACAUCAACAAAACAGCCUAAUUCUGAACCUGAUUUAUCAAUACCACCACUAUCAUCAAUAAUAACAACAACCUCAUCUACUCCUAAGAGUCUAACAAAUAAUUCUUUAGAUUCAACCAUUAAAGCUAUUGACAAUGACAUUCAUACUAAUAGCAUUAUUGGUACUAUUUACACCAAUGGCACCAAUGGCACCAAUGGCACCAAUGGUACUACUAAUAAUAGUACUACUAAUAAUGGUAUUAAUGAAAUACUUUGUGAACACUUAAAAAAUCAAGAAAAACAAUUGUUUUCCAGUUUUAAAACUGUUGAAUUGUGGAAAAAUUAUUUUGUGAAAUAUAAAGGAAAAACUGAAAAUGAGAUUAAGGUGCGAGAUGAGGAGAUUAAAAGAAGUCAUCAAGAAAUUGAGAAUCUAAAGAAAAUGAUUGCCAGAUCAAAACAAUUUAAAAAAUUAUAA